AUGUCGACGACGGUUACGACGACUUCUAGCGAGGAGGAGCUACGCCCUGGACUGGAGGCAUUCGAACCCGACCCCGACGAUAUAGAGGCUGCGAAGGCGACGGAGGACCUGCAAAUCCGAGACCCCAAUAUCGUCGAUUGGGAUGGCCCCGAUGAUCCAGAAAACCCGAUGAACUGGUCUGGCUUGAUGAAGGGGCUCCAUGUGGCAUACGUUAGUACCUUCGUCCUCCUUGCAAACUUAGCCUCGACGAUGUUCGCUCCAGGGGCUAAGGAUCUAAUCAAGGAGUUCGGCAUCACCAGCUCCAUCGUGGGAACCUUCACCGUGAGCAUCUACGUCCUGGGCUUCAUGAUAGGACCUCUGGCAUUCGCGCCUCUCUCCGAACUGUACGGCCGCCUUGGCAUGUACCACGUCUGCAACGUGGUCUACCUCGCCUUCACCCUCGGGUGCGCCCUUAGCAACGACGUCGCAUCGUUUCUCGUCUUCCGCUUCAUCUGUGGCUGCGCAUCGGCAGGUCCACUAACCAUAGGAGGCGGUACAAUUGCCGAUGUCACUGUGCCGAAGAAACGAGCUAAGGCGUUGGCUAUGUUCAUAGUUGGACCUCUCAUCGGACCGGUGAUCGGCCCCAUCGUCGGGGGUUUCGUAGCCCAGGACAUUGGCUGGCGUUGGACCUUUUGGAUCAUCCUCAUCUUUUCUGGCACCCUCUUUCUCGCAUCCCUCUUCUUCCUCCGAGAGACCAACGCGGCCGCCAUACUUAAGCGAAAGACCGAACGCCUACGCAAAGAGACUGGGAAUCUGAAGUUGACCUCGAAGCUGGACACGAAGCUACCUCCACGCGAGUUGUUCGUUCGAGCCAUCGUACUCCCGGCAAAGAUGAUCGUGUUCUCGCCCAUCGUCCUGCUCAUGUCCCUCUACGGUGGUAUGCUCUUCGGAUUGAUAUUCCUCCUCUUCACUACCUUCCCGAGCGUGUUUGGGGAACAGUACGGCUUCAGCCCGGGCACCACCGGUCUGGCGUAUCUCGGACUCGGCAUCGGCUUUAUAUGCGGCUUGCUGGGCUUCACCACCUUGAGCGACAAGCUACUAGGCCAAGGAGGGGCGGCUGUCAAACCCGAGCAGCGGCUCAUCCUCAUGAAGUGGUUCGCUCCCAUCACGCCCAUAGGCUGCUUCGUGUACGGGUGGACCGCGUACUUCAAGGUCCACUGGAUCGCCCCCGAGAUUGGAACGUUCAUCAUCGGGUUCGGCGGCCUCUUCAUCAUGCUGCCGUCCCAGGCAUAUCUGGUGGAUGCCUUCGGUCCCCGGGCCGCCGCCUCGGCCCUCGCGGCGAACGUGGUCAUCAGGAGUCCCUUCGGGGCUUUCCUCACUCUCGCUGCCCCCUCGCUAUAUUCGAAUCUGGGGCUGGGCUGGGGGAACAGCCUGUUAGGGUUUAUCUGUCUAGCCUUCACGCCCGUGCCAUGGCUGUUCUACCGUUACGGUGAGCACCUGCGGACUCGCUUCGCCGUCACGCUAUGA